AUGGUAGACCGAGAAGAGCUUCUUCAAGAUGACGCUUCGCCCGCAACGCCGCGUACGUAUACGGGCCGCUUUCGCAUCGAUAAUAGACCGGUGGACGACAAUAGCGACGGGACGCCUCAGCCCCCGUCGUAUGUGCCAAGUGCGAUUGCAAGGAAGAUCAUGAAAGGGUCCAAACGAGGAAAGGGUAAAUCAUCUCAGGGCUCCAGUCCCUCUCCCGUGCCCACAUACCGUAUAAUACGAGGUCCUCCGUCUGACAUUGGGCCUCCCUCGAGGAGACACGAUGGGUCGAGUCAGAUGUCCUCACGAUCCAUUUCCGUUCCGUCCGAAUCCGAGCCGCCUUCUACUUCUGUGACCAGGGUAUCAUCACCUGAUAGGGAAGCAUCAUCCGCAGGCCCCUCAAGCUCGAGAUCAUCGCCGUGGGGCAUGCCAGGAAGCACAUCACCGCGCCGACGAACGCAGACUAGCAAGCUGCGGAAUGUAAUGAUCGCUCAGGACCCGGCGUCCCCACAAUAUUGCGACACAGACGUAGAGGUAGAGGUAGAGGUAGAGGCUCCGCCUUCUCCUCCAUAUGUGCCGCAUCCCCAUCCGCCCGCAACUCCCCCGCCGCGUGUGUUUCCACCACGCUCUUCCCACCCAUCGGUGAGCACGUCACUGCGGCAUGCGUCGCUUCCCCCAUCAUUGUCGUAUCACCAUGUACCAUCUCACACGCGCCAUCCGUCGCUCCCUCCGGAUACAGCAUCAGAGUGCCCUGCUGACUCAAGGUAUCCGUCGGUACCGCCGUCGACUCCACCAAGCCUUACCCCUCGAUUGCGGCACCCUUCACUUCGAUCCGCCAGCCCGUGGCCGUAUCCGGCCUCGCCGUCGAAGAACCCGCCUCUUCGACCACGCUCUUCACACUCUGCAAUUUUGCCUCGUCCGCCGUCUCAGCGGCCUGCAUCACCAUCAUUAUCAUCGCCGCCGCCACUGCCUGCACCUGCUCCCCCCAUAGCAAGCUCUACCUCGGCAUCAACAUCAGCAUCUACAUCGACAGAUACGAAUACUAAUGUGGGCAGGAGACGUGCAAAAGGAAACAGUAAGAGUAAUAGCAGUGAUGGAUCUUCCAGGCCGCCAACAGAGGCCAUCAUCCACUGCCAAUGGGAAAGUUGUAAAUUCGUCAUUACAGGUAUCCAGAACUUUGGCAAACACCUGAAGCAAGAGCACAGGCUUCCCGUCGUGCAGCACGGGCGGCAGUCGGGCCCCGUAGUGCAGUGCAACUGGGGACAGUGCGGUGUGGAAAUUGCUGGCUUGGAGUUGUAUAUCCAUAUUCUGCAGAUACACCUCAAGUUUGGGUAUCACUGUCGUGGACUGCAGAAGGAUGGCAAGUCGAGGUGCGAGUAUAGGCCAAAUAGGCUGGACACACUGGAGAGACAUUAUAAGGCUAUACACCCCGGAGAAAAGAGGCAGUGGGACGAAACGCUCCUGGCGGUCCUGCCUCCACGGUGA